AAACGCCACGAUGGAAACACGGACUCUUCAGUAGGGAUCAUCGUUGCCAUUUAAACCUGAUUUCAAGAUUGACACAGAAUUACAUUUGUGAGCUUAAUGUGCCGCACUCCGGAACACAGUAUCAGGAAUUUUCUGGCCCUGAAUUUCCUCCCUCUUGGAUUCAGGACGGACUAGGAGAGGAAGAAAAAGUAUGAAAGUGACGGUGUGUUUUGGAAGGACUCGGGUUGUUGUUCCUUGCGGAGAUGGAAAUAUUAAAGUCCACGCACUUAUCCAGCAAGCCACCAUGAGAUAUCGGAAAGCCAUCGCCAAGGAUGCAGGCUACUGGGUGCAGGUGCACAGGCUGGAACACGGUGAUGGAGGGAUUCUGGAUCUGGAUGACGUCCUGAGUGACGUCGCAGACGAUAAAGACCGGUUGGUGGCAGUGUACGAGGAGCAGGAGCCUCACGUUGGAGGAGGCGAUGGGACAAGCGCAAGCUCUACAGGUACUCAGUCUCCUGAUCUUUUCUCUGGGGAGGUGUCCACCUCAACUCCCAUCUCCUCCUUCCAGCCCUUCAGCACGUACCAGCCCAACAGCGAGAUCGAGGUCACGCCUUCAGCGCUCCGCACGAAUAUGCCUUUGCACGUAAGGCGUAGUAGCGAUCCUGCGUUAAUAAGCUUGACUUCGCUGUCUAUCUCGGACCUGAACCCUCAGCCUGAAGAGCCCUCGAGGAAGAAUCCGACACGCUGGUCGAGCACAGCUGGAUUUAUCAAACCGCGCUAUUCCACCGACACCAGUAGCCUCGAGAGGAAGGGUCCAGGUUUGGACACGUACCGAAGUCUUCCUCGCGAUGCGGGUCACCGGAGCAAUCAGAGAGAGUUCCAGCGGGAGACCAACCGAUCCUCCUUGAGCGCCAAUCACCCCAUGGUGGACCGCUGGCUCGAGCGACAGGAACAGGAGGAGGCACAGGAGGAGGACGGAAACGCGCGGAUCGACCUGGUCGGCCGAGACGAUACGAGUUUAGAGCACUCAGGAGUGAGCUCACUAGAUGAUAUAGUUAAGCUUGUCGAGGUGUCUAAUGAUGGAGGACCGUUGGGUAUCCACGUCGUGCCUUUUACUGGCCAUGACUGCAGGAUGUUGGGUCUGUUGGUCAAGCGGUUGGAGAGUGGAGGGAAGGCCCAGCAGCAGGAUUUGUUUCAGGAGAACGACUGCAUUAUUCGUAUUAACAAUCGGGACCUGUGCAACGUCCGAUUCGAACAAGCCCAGAACAUGUUCCGUCAGGCCAUGCGAUCUCCGCUCAUCCACUUCCACGUGGUACCGUCAUCCCUCAGACCGGAAUACGAGCGGAUCUCUCACGCCGAGCAAAACCCCACCCUCAGCCCCGCUCUCACUCCUACCGGCAUGGGCCGCUACAGUCCCGUCUCCCUUUCUAGCACCUCGGACAUGGAUCCGUCACCUCAGCGGACGCCCCAGCGCAGGCCUCACCCACGAAACGAGCUGGUACAGAACCCUGUUAACUUGAUCAACAAACCACCGUCGGGGCACGCCUCUUCUCCGCAGAGGGCGGUGAGCUCCGGCCCGGCUCCGGGAUUCAGCAAAAGGGUGGAGCGAAGACUCGGAAUCCAGCUGAAAAAAGGUCCAGAAGGUCUUGGCUUCAGCAUCACAUCACGUGACGUUCCCCUGGGUGGUUCGGCCCCCAUCUACGUGAAGAACAUCCUGCCGACUGGAGCGGCCAUCAAAGACGGACGACUGAAGGCCGGAGACAGACUGGUGGAGGUGAACGGAGUAGACCUGAGUGGGUGUGGUCAGGAGGAGGUGGUGUCUCUGUUGAGGAACACGCCCAUGGGCGGAGCUGUAAACCUGAUAGUCCUUAGACGGGAAGAGACCUUUCUGCCUAGAGAAUUGAACACAGAGCCCACAGCGCAAAGAGUGAGGGACUCGGUGGAGGAAGAGAUGGUCCUGACCCCUGAUGGUACCCGUGAGUUCCUGACGCUAGAGGUGCCCCUGAACGACUCCGGUUCGGCUGGUUUGGGGGUCAGCGUGAAGGGCAACCGAUCGAAAGAAAACCACGCCGACCUUGGAAUCUUUGUCAAGUCCAUCAUUAAUGGUGGAGCUGCCUGCAAGGACGGGAGGCUACGAGUGAACGAUCAGCUCAUCGCCGUCAACGGCGAGUCGCUGAUCGAAAAGACCAAUCACGACGCCAUGGAAACGCUGCGCAAGUCCAUGUCGACAGAGGGCAACAAGCGAGGGAUGAUCCAGCUGAUUGUGGCCAGACAUGUAAACAAACGCGAGAGCGGGACGCCAAGCAGUCCUAGUGGGCGUGAGCACAACCUGAGUCCAUCUCUGGAUGAUCGAGAGCGGCGGAUCUCGCACACGCUGUACGGAAACCUGGACGAUCUCAACGACAACCUGAAACCUCGGAAAAACGUCAACAACAGAAUUCCAGGCCACUGUCAGCUUUCACCUACGGUCAACAUGCCCCAGGAUGACACGGUCCUGAUCGAAGACGACAGGCUGACCGUCCUUCCCGCCCACCUGUCCGACCAAUCGUCUUCUAGUUCCCGCGAUGACAUGCCGUUCGCCGCGGAGACGCAACCUCCCUGGGUGCAGGAUGUACCCUCGCCGAAUGAGAGUUCCCCGAGCAUAGCUGGUGAGAACGAUGAAGGACUCUUCCACAGAGAAGGCUUCGGAAGACAGAGCAUGUCCGAAAAACGCGCAAAACAGUUCGGAGACGUCAGUCAUCUCGACAUCAUCAAAACGCGCAAGUCCAAGAGCAUGGACCUGGUGGCUGAUGAGAUUAACCCCACCUCUCGCAUUGAGGAAAACGCAGGCAACUCCACACGUGAUGUCGGUCCCUCUCUGGGCCUAAAGAAGUCCAGCUCCCUGGAGAGCCUUCAGACGGCCGUGGCCGAGGCCACGUUGAACGGCGACGUCCCGUUCCACAGACCACGGCUCCGUAUCGUACGGGGGCGUGGCUGUAACGAAAGCUUCCGGGCUGCAAUCGACAGAUCAUACGACAAGCCAUCAUUGUCCAUCGAGGACGAUGGAGAGCCCAUGGAUCCACUUGAAGAAGACACUGAAGAAAGCUCUCAGUCCGGCCGGGACUCCGUCUCCACCGUCGCCGACCUCACGCCUCUACCCACGACCCAGCGGCAGCUCACCAACGGCAGCCAGCUGGCGAACGACAAGAAGAAAGAGAAGGCAGGGAAGGAAAAGAAGAAGGCAGAGGAGAAGGACAAGAGUAAAGGAAAGAAGGGAAUGCUGAAGGGGCUUGGAGAGAUGUUCAGGUUUGGAAAGAACCGCAAGGAUGUCGUGGAGAACAAGGGCAGUAAGUUGAGGGCGGAUGAGACGCAGCCUACGGAGGAAGAGACGCACAGGAUGAGACAGGAACAAGAGAGGAUCCAGGCUAAAAAGCGAGAGCUGCGAGAGCGCCAGGCUCGGGAAAGGGAGUACGUCGAGAUCCAGGACUUCGGCGAAGAGCACUCGCUCUCCAGCAUCACUUCGCUUCAAGCCAGCAUGCAGCGCGGAACCUACCACGGCUACCGAACGCCCCCGGACUCGCCCUACUCUCAACCCCGCAACGGUCAGACUUCAACAGACAGGCUAGCACCGAGCAACCAUGACCGGAUACAGCGCCUACGUCACGAGUUCCACCAGGCCAGACAGGAAGACGAGGAGCCUGACGAGCGCCACCGCUCGUACAGUCUUGAGCAGCCUUGGACCAGCGGUGGCACGCAGUCCCAGUCCGGGCGCCACUCGGUGUCGGUUGAGGUACAGAUGCAGAGACAGAGACAGGAUGAGCGAGACAGCUUCAAACAAGCACAAAGGCAAUACAGCUCACUUCCUCGUCACCCCCGAAAGACCCCCAGCGGCGUGUGCGAGGACCCCUGGCAGAAGAUGCACCCCUCCAGAGACGCCUUCCAGUCAGGUAAAGAGAGCGGCCGCUACUCCAGCUAUCAGGGCUCGCGCUCCGCCCCACGUCCCACCUGGAGAAACGGACUCCCCACCUCCCCGGUGGCCGGCACCUACAACGCCCGGGUGCUGUUAGAGGCCCAGGAGCUUCUCCGGCAGGAGCAGAGGCGGCGUGAGCAGGAGGUUAAGGGUAAGGGGGUGUCUUUAAGGGAGGACUACGAUUCACAGGAUUCCAAGGGGCCGUACAGACAGGACAUCCCUCCGUCUCAGUCACAGCUCGCCCAGCUCGGUACGCAUCGCGUGUAUUUGGCGGAAAAGGCGCGGCUUUUUCACUCAUGAGAAUUAGUGCCCUCCUGUACGAAGAACAUGGUACCAAGUGACCCAGACGCUCGCGUACGUAAUCCGACGGUUCUUUGUGUGUCCACCCGCCAACCCACAACAGAGUGCCUUCCGGUUCUGACAUCAUUGUAGUUCCGCUUCAGUCCAGUCUUUGAGCCUUCUAAUCAAUCCAGACUAAACAGAUCUUUUGAAUGCGCUACUUCCAAUCACUCCUACAUUGUACAGCGACCAUCAGUAUUUUUUAAUGUACAACCCCAAGUCAGAAAAAGUUGGGACAGCAUGGAAAAUUCAAAUAACCAAAAAAACACAGUUUCUUACAUUUACUUUGACUUUUAUUUCAUUGCAGACAGGAUGAACCUGAGACAGGUCUGCAACACAUUCCAAAAAAAAAGUUGGGACAGUAAAGCAUUUACCACUUUGUAAUGUUGCCAUUCCUUUUCACCACACUUAAAAGACAUUUCGGGACCGAGGAUACCAAGUGAUUUAGUGUUUCAGCUUUUAUUCUGUCCCAUUCCUCCUGCCAACACGUCUUAAGAUGUGCAACAGUACGGGGACAGAUCAGGACUGCAGGCAGGCCAGUCCAGCAUUCAUCUGACCACAAUACACGUUUCCAGUGUGUGAUGGUCCAUCCUAGAUGCCUCCGAGCCUAGAGAAGUUGACGCCGCUUCAAAGACUCAGCCUUUCCUGGACCUGUUGACAUCACCUUUUUGGAAUCACAUCAUUAUGUAGUUUUUUUUACCUCAUUACUAGCCCUAAAUUGCCCUGUCCCAACUUUUUUUGGAAUGUGUAGCAGGCCUGAAAUGCAGGAAUGGAUGUAUAUUAACAACUGAAAUG